AUGGCUCCCAAGUUCAGACGAGGUGCAAGUCACGGCGGGAAGAGAGCGUCGGAGAAUGAAUUGAUGAAGCUGUUCUUACUCUCCUGCGCCUUAUCUGUGGUCGGCAUCAGCGGUUACGGUUAUGAAGACCAUGGAACAGUGGCUGUACACAGGCCAGUGACAGUGACAGUGCCUCACCAUCAUGGAAAAUCUGUCAUUUACCAUCACGCCCACAAUUACGGCAUAGUGGACCUUACCUUCGGAGCCAGCGACUACCACUUCUCCUGGCGUCAUGACGGAGGCCAGAAGUACUCGUGGAAUUAUGCCAACAGAUACUGCGCUAACCUCGGCCAUGGGUGGCAGGGUAUCAGCAUCGAGAGCUAUGAGGAGGAUAAAUAUAUUUCUCACGUUCUUGCAAAAGGUUACUACAUCAAAUACAUCUGGACAGGAGGUUAUAGAACAGGAUACAACUGGGCGUGGCCUUCGGGGUCAAAAUUUUACGGUCUCAAUUGGUCAUACACUGGCAGUGCUGGCUACCAACAACCUGACAAUUACGAAAAUGGACAAGAGUUCUGCUUGGCUGUCCUGAACAACUUCUACAACGAUGGUAUAAAGUGGCAUGACGUUGCCUGUCACCACGAGAAGCCUGUUGUUUGUGAACGUCGGAGAAAUUACUAUGGUUAAUGUGUGGUUUGUGUUGGAUUGUUUGCUUAUAAUGGGUUAGGUGUCGAUGGUUUGCGCUUCUCCCUCUC